AUGAGAGGGACUACGCAAUCAUCGAAGGCUACCUCGGAACAGUCGAAAGUGGAAGGAGUGAAACCUAAGGUGCCUGCUCGGGUGUAUUCUAUCGAGCAACGCCCUGUCCCUGAUUCAGUGGAGGUGGUGGAAGGAGAGAGAAAGUUAUUGGGGAAUUUGAUAAGUUUGGCCAUUAAGGGGUACAACGUGAUAUUGGGCAUGGACUGGCUAGUUAGGUAUAAUGCCCAACUGGACUGUAAGAGGAAAGUAGUGAAAUUUCAUAUUCCAGGGGAGGCGACUUUAAGGUUAGAUGUGAGGGGUAGUCUAGCCUCAUCUGCAAUGAUCUCGGGUAAUCGGGUUAGGAAAUUGCUGAGUAAAGAGGCGCAAGGGUUCCUGGCCUUUCUUAUAAACACUCCUAGCGAUAAGUUAAAAGUAGAAGAUGUUCCAGUAGUGGGUGAAUAUUCGGAUGUGUUUCCCGAUGAAUUAGUAAACCUAUCGCCGGAAAGAGAGAUAGAAUUUGAGAUUAACCUGUUACCGGGGACUUCACCUAUCUCUAAAACCCCAUACCGAAUGGCACCUGCUGAACUCAAGGAGUUGAAGUUGCAGUUGCAAGACCUUCUGGAGCGAGGGUUUAUUCGUGAGAGUGGGUCUCCUUAG